CUUGCUACCUGGUACUUGCUCGCCUAGACCGUGCAAACCCGUUCGACGAAAUUCCCUGGGACUACCUCGACGAGCUGAUCGCCCGACACCUCGCCUUGAUAGCUCGAUAUCAGAGCGACACUUGGUCCGAACAACGUUCGGUCCAAACACGAACGACGGCAUUCGUACAAAUUACAAGCGCCUUCCUCGCCCCGGUCCAGCACUUUGCAAUGCAGCGCUUGUCGUCGCGGACAUCGCGAAACAUUGGUUCUUCGCUGAAGCUCCUCCGCCGUGCGCCGUCACCCACAUCUCCCGCUUCCCCUUCUUCUCCUUCUUCUUUCGUGCCCAGAUGCGGCUUCGCUGUGUCGGCUCUAAACCUCCGAAAGACGCGGCAGCGAGCGAUCCCGGGCGAUUUCUCGAGAUGGGUUUCGCUCGGUUGCUGCCGAACGUCGAGAUUCGCCACUGGGUUCGCGCCGCUGGAGCGCAAGCCGUUGGAUUCGAUCAUGGACGUGGGGAGAGUGAAGGAUCGUUCGGCCGAGGAGAUAGCCUCGGCUUGGGAUGAUUAUCACCUUGGGCGAGGUCAUGUUGGCACCUCUAUGAAGGCAAAACUUUAUCAUCUGCUUGAGCAAAGAUCAGUUGAUUGCCGAUAUUUUGUCAUUCCUUUAUGGAGAGGAAGUGGCUAUGUAACAAUGUUUGCUCAAGUACAAAUGCCGCACAUGCUUUUGACCGGUCUUGAAGAUUACAAGGCAAGCGGAACUCAAGCAUCUCCUUAUAUGACCGUAACUUUCUACACGGAGUUCGCAGAAAGCAAGGACUUGGUUCUUAUUCGUGGAGAUGUUGUGUUCACCAGCAAGCUGAGCGAUGCAGAGGCAAAAUGGCUUCUGGAGACAACCCAGUCCUUCUAUUUGAACGAUACAAGGUACAAGCUGGUCGAGCGGUUCAACAAACAGACGCGGGAUUUUGAAUUCAAGGAUGUUUUACAAGCAUUGGACAUGCCCAUUCUGUAAUCUCUCAUUCUUUCCGGACGAGUUACUAACAGGGAAAUAAGAGUGGAGCUGGGUCGCUGACACCAACGAAUGCCAUACUGAUUAAUGGAGAGUAGAUGCAAAUUUUCUCCUCAUGAAUUUUCUGGUCUUUUGGAAUGGCGGGGCUUGUUCUUCUUAAUAAUUUGUAUCGCUAAUCUAUAAGUGGUCUUGGUAUCUCUCUCUGUCUCACACAAGAUUAUGGGGAGUGGAAUUUAUCUUUGCCUUUUGAUAAUUUGAAAUCUGUGAGGGAAGACAAUCAGCCAUGCAAAUUAGAAAAGUCCCACGUCAAAGAA